AUGCAGCUGAAUUUCAGCGGUCUGCGGGCCCUGGUAACAGGGGCUGGGAAAGGGAUCGGCCGGGACACUGUGAAAGCCCUGCAUGCCUCUGGAGCCAGAGUGGUGGCUGUGACCCGCACCCACACCGACCUGGUCAGCCUCUCUAAAGAGUGUCCCAGGAUAGAGCCUGUGUGCGUGGAUCUGGGCAACUGGGAGGCCACAGAGCAGGCACUGGGCACGGUGGGACCUGUGGACCUGCUGGUCAACAAUGCGGCUGUGGUUCUGAUGCAGCCCUUCCUGGAGGUCAGCAAGGAGGCCUUUGACAGGUCCUUCAAUGUGAAUCUUUGUUCUGUGUUUCAAGUGUGCCAGAUCGUAGCCCGGGGCAUGAUCGCCCGAGGGGUGCCGGGGUCCAUUGUCAACAUCUCCAGCAUGGUGGCCCACGUGACUUAUCCCAACCUGCUCACCUACAGCUCUACUAAGGGUGCAAUGACCAUGCUGACCAAAACAGUGGCCAGGGAGCUGGGGCCCUACAAGAUCCGAGUGAACUAGGUGAACCCCACUGUGGUGCUGACCGAUAUAGGCAAGAAAGUCACGGCCGACCCUGAGUUCUCCCGACAGCUGAUGGAGCGCCAUCCGCUGAGGAAGUUUGCAGAGGUGGAGGACGUGGUCAACUGCAUCCUGUUCCUGCUCAGCGACCGCAGCGCCUCUACCACGGGCUCGGGGAUCCUGGUGGACUGCGGCUACCUGGCUUCUUAGGACCGCGCAGGCUCCGGGCCAGCGGAGCGUCCCGCUGGCACCUGCAACAACGCCUGACCCGCCCCUCCAUGGCCCCUCCCACAGGCGCGUGCGCGCUCUGCCCUCUACCGCUCUCCAGGCCAGAUAAUCGCGCCCCUUUACCUCGCCUAGACCUGGCCUCGCCGACGCUGCCCCGGCUCCGCCCACGCAGACCACGCCCCCGCCUCAUAAUCCGCCCCUCCCCCAACCCGGCCCAGCCCACCUGCCGGCACCCGUCUCCUCCCCCCAUCCGCACCCAAGACCCUCCCCACCGACGGUGUCCCCGCUGCGACCCGGCACUUUGCCUAAAUAAAUGGACGCCAUUGUCCGGUA